AUGAGUAAUGCUGAUCUUUUGGAUGAUUUAGACAACGAUUUUGGCUCUGGUUCCGAAAGCGAGGUGGAGGUAAAUGACGACGAAGAUGCUUUCUCCAAGUUGGAGCGCUUUGCUACGGAUUAUAGGCCACCCAGGCUGCACAAAGGGGUAAACGGAAAUACUCUCAAUGUUUCUUGGCUGUUUGACCGCCGCGAAUUAAUCUUAGAAAUUAUACAGGAUCGCCCAGACAGUUCAUCUGCCUUACUGUUCAGCAAAAUGCAACCUUUGAUGCAAGAAGAAAUUGAUUUCUUGCAUAUGUACUUAAAGGGGGUCUAUGAGGAGGCUUUCCCCGAAUUGCAGUCGAUUGUCACAACUGGCGAACAGUAUGCUCGUGUCGUCCAGCUGUUACAGCAAUCAAAGGGCUCUCCUGACAUUUCGAUUUUCCAAGACGUGGUGGAUCGCGAACAGACUUUGGUUUUAUCGAUGGCAAUACAAACGGGUUACAACAAAGAGAAAUCACCAACUGGCGAGAAGUUGCGCAUGCUCACACUUUGCAUUGAACUCAUAUUAGCGCUUUGCGAUCUGAAGCGGAAAAUGAAAACUUUUGUAACCUCCCUGAUUUCCCAAGUUGCUCCAAAUCUAUCAGCGCUUGUGGGAUCAGAAACAGCUGCAGCACUGAUAGCUGCAGCCGGGGGUAUUCAAGAAUUGAGCAUCAUUCCUAGUUGCAAUAUUCCAUCCAUGGGUAAGAGUAAAUACUCCAGUCACGAACAAAUAGUUGACCAGAGUGGGGUAAGGCAAAAAGGAUUUGUGUACCACUGUGCGUUGGUGUCAGAACAACCGGUUGCGGUGAGAAAUCAAGCUCUCAAGAUGACGUGUGCCAAAGUUUCGCUUGCCGCGCGUGUAGACUUGUCCAAAUCGACUCCCGACGCUAGCCUCGGAUUGAAAUUUCGAAAAGACAUUUUACACAAGCUACAGAAUAUUCAGGAGCCUCCAAAUAUCAGUAACGUUAAGGCUUUGCCCAUUCCAGAAGACAAACCUAAAAAAAGCGUGCUGGUCGCAGGUUUCGCAAAUACAAGGAGCAGUUUCAACUCUCUCAUGCUAGACAGCUACAAAACCGAAUGGAGUUUGGUAAGCAAGAAUCUACGGUGGUCGAUGUUUAUGGCGAGGAAAUUGGAAUGGGGAUGGCGGGCUCACUGCGUGCUUCGAGAUCCGUGGCAACGAAAAGAACUGCAAAACUCAGAGCGCCUAUGCAGAAAAGACUUGCCGCAGCAGAAACUGAAACGAACAACUUUCUCUCAACAAAUGAUGAGCAGGCUGAUGUCUUGA